GCUUAUCUCCGCCUUUGGACUUCACAAUAAGUGCCCUUAGAAGGAAAGCCUGUCAGACUGUAAACUGGAGGAGCUUUUUUUUUACGGCUUGAGUGACAGCAAAUCUUCAGUUUAUAUAAGUCAGUGAUCAAACCCACUUUUCUGCUCAGUAGGAUGCAGGAUGGGAUUUAAGUAAGGAAGUAUUAGCCUAUAGAUUAAUUAUCGGGAUAAUCUCCUCGAGCCUCCCUGCCUACUAGAAAGGAACGGAGGGGACAAGUGUCGGGGAGAAGUGGCCGCAGUGAGAGGCGGUGCAGGCGGGGAGGUGCGCAGCGCAGUCUGCCAUGGAGAUGUUGCGCCGCUCUUCUGUGUUUGCUUCUGAAGUGUUUGAACGCUCGCACACCGACAAGGAGCUGGUGUCCCAGGCCAAAGCACUGUGCAGGGACUACAUUCAUUCCAGGCUGAACCGUGCCGGGAUAGGCUGGUCUAAACCUGAACAUGGACUGGCUGCAUCAGGUGGCGCACUGGGAGACAUCUCAUCGGUUCUGCUGUGGCUGGGUGAUGAGUUGGAGUACCUUCGACCCAACGUUUACCGUAACGUAGCGCGACAGCUCAACAUCACAGUGGCGUCAGAGAGUAUCGUGUCCGAUGCUUUCCUGGCUGUGGCGGCAGACAUUUUCUCCACAGGUGUGACUUGGGGAAAGGUGGUUUCUUUGUAUGCCGUGGCAGGAGCCUUGGCAGUGGACUGUGUUCGCCACGGUCAUCCAGCUAUGGUCCAUACCAUUGUCGACUGCAUGGGGGAGUUUGUCCGCAAGAGCCUGACCUCCUGGUUAAAAAGGAGAGGGGGCUGGGUGGAUGUAACAAAAUGUGUGGUGAACACUGAUCCCAGCUUUCGCUCUCACUGGCUGGUGUCUGCUGUCUGUGCCUUUGGACACUAUCUGAAGGCCACCGUGUUAUACCUCCUGAGGGACAAGUGAAAGACAAAGCCACACACUGGAUUGUAGCAGACUGUUCAGCACUGUACCCCACCACGACCACCACCACUAAGGCAUCCGCUGCUUUGGAUUAUGUUUACACUUAUUUGCACUGAACAUUAAUGAAUGAACACCUAUCCCUUCACAGACUUUCCAUUCUUCUUCUGCUUCAUAUGCUAGGUUGUCUAUUUAUUGUCAAUAGUUAUGUCAUGGCACACAUUUGAUGUAAAUAUAUGAAAUAACCUCAUGUUUUUUCACAAACAGAAGAACUACACAUGUUGCUGCCUGUUGGGCAGUGAUUUAGCUGGCCCUAGUGGUAGGAAAUAGUAACUACUGUAAAUUAAACAUAUUACUUUGGGAUCCUGAGGCCAUUCCUGAGGUCUUGGGUUUGAAGAAAAAAUCUCCACUUGUCACCUGGUUGGGUAUAUGCAUGCUAGAUAACUGCAAAAUACAACAUGUUUUCCUAUAUUUAAGGGACUGUACAAAAAACAGUUUUGCUGAAGAGAUGGUCCCAUCAAAAUGUAUUAUCCUGUAAUACAAUUGAAGUUCAAAAUCACACAUUUCCAACUUGUUCUACUAAUUGGCGAAGUGAAUUGAAACAUUUAACUAGGGUUCUAUUAAUAUGCUAUUUACAUUAUCUGGUAUGUUUUAAAUGGGGCACUUUUGAUUUUCCUAAUCAAAUCAAAAGAAGAAGAAGAAACAAAGAUGUACGUCUUUUUAAAGUCAAAUAUAAGAUUCGGCCCUCUUUCCUACCCCAAUUAUUUUUGUAAAGUCCCUGAUUAAUUGGAUGAAUAGAGUUUGAUUUGAAUCCAAAUAUGUAAGAUUACAUGCAUUUCAGACAGCCCUAUACAUUAAUGCAAUGUUUUAUUCUCUUCAUUGGUCGCUGUAAGCAAUUACUGUAAUUGAAGUGAUGCAAGUUACAAUAUGUUAUCUCUGAGUUAGAGCCCUUUGAUAACAUUUCAUUCUGUAAGUAGAGUUUAUUCCAUGAAAAGAUUUACUUUUAUAUGGCAUGCAGCACUAGAAGUAUGAGAAAAUAAAUGUAAAUAUUACCAAUAAUAAAUGGUUCUUACAACAAUUACAAUAAAGUCAGCAGUGGUAAAUGUUAAUAAAUUGGUAAUGAACAGGUUUUGCUUUGCAGCUGUCUUUAGAUUGAGAAUUUAACCAAGCAGCUUGGUGUGUGAAGUGUCCACGCUAUGUUCAACCACACAGCAAACCUAAAAAGUUACAGUUUUCUCUCAUAGCUGUUUGUAGACUCAAAUCAUGACAGGGGAUUAGUCUUUUUCAAAUAUCUAUGACAGAAAAGGAACCUUUUUGGCUAUCUGCCAAGUGUUUUUAUUUUUUUGGGGGAGUAGAUGAAUAUUCUUUUUUUCCAUUUAACUGGCCUCAGUCUUAGCCAAAGGGAGAUGGAACUAUACCUUUAUUCUCACCAUUGAAAAAUGUUACCGUAACUGAAAUACCAUAUACUAUGAACAAUUAUUGACUGGCUUUACUGUCAAAUUUGAAUGGAUU